AUGAGCGAGAUGGAAGAUGAAGACGCAAUACACGCGGAGAGGGAAGAGGAUGACUGGGCAGACGGCAGCGCUGGACAGCACGAUCAAGAAGAAGGGGAAGGAGCACGCCCAUCUGCUCGAGUCUUGUACGAUUUGCUGGAUCUCUCGCCCAAGGACAGAUGGACAUACGAUGAGGAGCAGGAGGAGGAAGAUGUGAGGCUACGUCGCCUGGGUCCACUGAAGCUGGCGGCAGCACAGUUGCAGUGGUUCUGGCAGGAGCUAGUGCCAGCAGCUCUGAGUGAGCUGGGCCUGUCAUCACUCUAUGGUGCCGAGUCGGUGAGUGCAGUGGUGCGGUGGGCUCCCGCUGCCCUCAGGCAGCAUCGCAGGGGCGCACCCGAAUGGACUCUCGCUCUGUCGCCUGCUGGCGAUGCGUUGGCCAUAGUGCAGAACCUCCAGGUGUCUUUUCGCUAUGCCGCCGACAACUUCCGCAUCACCAAGAUGACGUGGAAGAUGCCUGCCCCGCUGCAGGGACCAGCUUCCCAAUGGCGCUAUUGUGCGUGGACUGAAGACUCCAAGUACUUCGCCGUCGGCACCGUUACAGGCCUCGUAUACGUCCUACAGAAGGGUAGCGUCAAGCACACCUUUGACGUUCGCCAGCUGGGUAUGGGCAAGGCUCUGGCCGGCCUUGCGUUCCGCCGAGGUGGCCCCGUAGAUAAGAAGGCAAGGCUUAUUCUCAUCACGCACGAGAGGAAAGUGUGGCGGCUUCCAUUGCCCAAGCUCGCCAUCGGCAUCGACCCUGCAUCACCGGACAUUCGAGCGUUGGAUGUCAGCACUUACCACCACAGCGUUGGGGCCAUCGCUUACUACUCUCGGUCUGAUCUCCUUGCCAUCGCUGGAGGCCCCCACCCUUUGGGCGACCGCUCCAAGGACGGUGCGACCCAUCGAUCCUUCUUCACCUCGAUCCCCAUGCUCACCUUCCAGUGGUAUGCAGAGGGAUCGCUGUCUUUGUGGCACUUGUCCGACAAUGCCCCACAUUUUGUGCUGGCUCACAGUACCAUGCACGCCACCCAUGCGGACCACAUGGCCGGCCGAGGGAUCUUCGCCCCUGUCACCCAGUACUUUUCGAAGUCCAAGACCAAGGCCAUCUAUCACAAGGCACGUUGCACUGCCGCGGGCAACUCGGCCGUGUUCUCGCCCAGCGGUGACAAGAUCGCAGUCGUGGACCUCACGGGGCGAGUGGACGUGCACACCGCGGUGGGUCCGUCCUACACUCAAUUGGCCAGCUGGAGUUCCGAGGAGCUCUCCCUCCUCAUCACCUCCCUCCCGCCGGCGACUUCCUCCCGAGUCGUCACCCACGUGGUGGACUUGGGAUGGUGGUCCGACGAGCUCUUGCUUCUCGCCUUCGCCACUGGCGAGGUCAUCAUCUCCCCACUCCAUCACCUUCAGAAUCUUCUUGGCUUGUCUGGCGCCGCCGAGAUAUUCGAGAAGCAGCCGUCGGUCACCAGCAUCGCCGGCCACAAGGCGUUCAUCCUCGAAUGUCGCCAGCAGUCUUGGCUGCGCAACUACGCCUGGGAAGUGGCCGAACACUUUUGGAGCCCCGAUUGGUGGCUCAACUCCCUGAGUGCAUCCAUGAUGCGUCGCCUCAACUUGCGAAAGACCUACCGACUGCUCGCCCUCAGACAGACUACUCCCCUCAAGCUUUGUCUCAAGCUCUUGCAGCAGGAGCGGUACGAGGAAGCGCUCAAUCUAGCGCAGGUGUACAACCUCAACACAGAUCUUGUGUACCAGAAGCAAUGGGCAGCUGCACCUGUCAGCCCAGAGUCCGUCAAGAAUUACCUCAACCGUAUUUACGAUCAGCGCUGGGUGCUGUGGGAGUGCCACAGACGCGUACCCAAUGAGCCACAAGCCGUCGAACUCCUCCUGGAAUACGGACUACAACACACGGUGCCGACGUGGAUGUAUGAAUACCGCGCAUCCGACAGUGUUGACCGCACUGGCACGACUGCGAGCUCGAGUCUCUCGUUCGGACUCACCAAGCCUGUUGCCAAACGGCUAUCGGGCGGGGACAAGGAGCUUUGCUUGCAUCGGCUACUGUUCUUGCAGUACCUCGACCGACUGCGCACAUUCCGCCAGAUAAUCAAAGACAACGAGUUCUGCGCAUCGACAUUCCUCAAAUUCCGAAGCUGCGAGCUGCUGGCGGCUGCCAAGGAGUACGCCCGGGACGAAAACUUUGACGCGGUCGAGGUCAUGCUCGCCCGCCACCUUGAACUUCUGGUGCCCCACCUCCUGGAGAUCUUAUCGCAGUGUCCCGAGACCACCCCGCCCUCCAGCUACGAGCGGCUUCUGCCUCCAUUCCUCUCCCUACCAGACAAGCAAGCCACGCCAUUCCGCGAAUCCGAUUGGGUGGAGGAGGACGACAUCCUGGCUGCCCUGGGCAUCAGCUCAAAGAACGAUCUCCAGCAGAUGUACUCGUUGCUCCACGCCUCGUCAUCCUCGGGUGCCUCGCCUCGGCCGCCAUCAGCAUCGUCGUCCUCUGUUUCGUCCGGCUCUGCUGUGGUCGCGGACGCUACUCGCCAGGACUUUAGGAACAACGAGGACGUGUACUACGACGACAAGCAGUAUUUCGCCGAGAGGGUGAGAGAGGAAACGUUACCUGCCGCGGCGGGAAUGGAGCUUUCGCUGGAGCAAAUAGAACGGUGGUACCAGGACAGGGCCAAGGAGAUCGAUGAGACGUCAGGCCAACUGGAGAACGCGCUGAUACUGAUCGAGUGCGGUCUUAGAAGAGGCGUGAAGGGGCUCGAGGCGGUGCACAACGAGCUGGUUACUCUCUCCUCCCUCGUUUACGAUGACGACGAGGCCCUGCAACACACCCACACCACACCGACCGCCGCAAGGAGUGACCCCAAACAGCUAUCUCACGCGAUCGAGGCCCGUGCAUCGUCGUCGAACGCCUUCAUCACAUUCCAUCGCUUCCACGACCUGAGCGACGAUGCCAAGCUUCAUCUGCUCCUGGCCGACUCGACAGACGCGACGCUGAUGAGGAACAUGAAGACGCGGGCUCUUCCCUUCCUGCAGCGGCUGCGAAAGCGCAACAUUGACGAAACCUCCCUGCUGCGCCAGUGGAUGGUGAGCGUGGCCCAAGGCGACCGCUUUCACUGGUGCGCCCUCAUCAUACAGGCGAGCCGGCCGACCAAAGACAAUCCGGAGGAGAACCGCAUCAUACAAUCUCCCCUAGAACUCAUGCGGACUGCAUUGGAAGUGGUUUACGCCUGCCCUGCUACCUCUGCUCACGCCAUCCAGCAGAUGGGCAUCAUCUUCGAGUCACUUCCGGAGCGAGUGGUCGGAGCGACCGAGGACGAUACGGAGCUGCAUAGCCGCGCUGACCGGCUGGAGAAGCACCUCAACACCAAUGAGAUUCUUCUCAAAUACGAGCUCGCACAGCCGAUGAGCUUCUUCGAACAGUAUGAGGCCAACCCGGCAGACCUGAGCACGGCACACGCGCUCCUCCACCGCAUGGCCCAAAAGGUGGUGCGGGGCGGAGGCGAGGCUAACCAGGUGUGGAUCGACCUCCUCAGGGACAUGCUCAUCAUUCGAGACCAGGUCUUCACGAACAUCGGCGACGAGUUCUGCUACAGGCUAUUUUGCUCGACCCUGCUCCACACUGGGCAGUACCUGCGACAGCUGGGCCGGGCCACUGCUGAGGACUUGAUAGUGGAGGCAGCGCGACUUCAUUUUAACUCGGCAGCGUCACCGCACCACCGCGAGAUGGCCAUGGCCAAGCGAUGGCUCGGACUGCACCUGCUCCCCGUGCAGAUAAGGCUACGCCUGAACGCCGUGGACCAACUGGUGGCUCAGCUCCUCGAGACCAAUCCCGAGGUGUACAAGGAAGUGGAUGAAUUACAGCAGGUCGGCUCGCUGCUGGGCGCGAGUGUGGAAACUAAGGAAAAGAUCAGCUUGCUCAUCGCCCGUGCUGCCUUCGAGCAGCACGACUACGAGACUGCGCACGAAGUCUGCCAGAAGCUGAUGAGCCUGGGCAACACGACAGUGAGCGCCAUUUGCGCCGACUUGGCUCGUGCACAGGACUACCGCGAUGUUCGCGCGCGGCUGUCCUUGGCUUCGUUCGCGCUGAGUCACUGCGAGGUUACCGCGGUGGGCGAUCUCUUGGCGCUCUACCGGCAGCUCGAAGCCCGUGUGCAGGCGGACGCAACUCUAGCCGCCGCACCUAUGGAAGUCAACAAGACCGAAAGCGAGGCGACCACGGCGAACGAGGACGAGGCGGAGCAGGGCAUCGUGAGCACAAUGUUGAGUCAAGAGCUGCAGGUGCUGUCCAACGCAACGGCAGCGGAGUCGCGGAGACUCAAGGCCGCGCGCUUCUUCCCGACACACCCCUUCUACUCCCCCCAACACCACCAAGAACACAAGGAAUCAGUGGAGGAGACGCCACACACCGAGAUUGGAGCAGACGAAGCCCUUCUCCGCUUGUCGCUGGUUGCCGGCGGUGAGGGACCGGAUCCGAGCCUCGUGGCCCGGCUGGCGCGAGCCAACGCCCACGUCGAUCUUCCCCUCACGUUUGCCUACCUCGCCGCGGCUGAUCAGGACGAUGCGGCAGGCGAGCUCUUCGAAGACAUGGCCAACCGGGCGCGUGAUGGUGACUGGGGCGCGAUGCGCGCCGAGGAGGAAAGGUGGAGGCUGGCCGGCUGUUACUACUUUGCCCUCCGUUGUCUGAUCUACUUGCUCUACGCCGUGCCCUCGCUCACCCUGGCGGGUGUGGACCAGAGUCUGUUCCAUGACCAGGACAUGGCCUCGGUAGUGCAGCGGCUCCAGGACCUGCUCGAUGGUCGCUUCCUCGAAGAGCACAAGGUCAACGUGGCGCCCAUUGAAGAAACGCUGAGUCGAUUCAAGAGCAGCUACGCCCGGCUUUGCACCGCCCGACAAGAACGACAGCUGGCGGAGGUAAGCGGCGACGUCGACAAGGACCGGCUCACCACAGACGAGGUUUAUGGAAAGGAGGUACUGUUGGGGCUGGGUCGCACCUCCAAGAAGGCCGCGCUCACCGUGGCGUUCACCCUUGCGCGACGCUACACCUUCCCUGAGUACCUCGUGGCCAUCGAGAGCUUGGAACACACCUUGCGCAACCCGGAGGCCUCGGCGCAGAGUUUCACCGACCUGGCCACUUUCCUUGCUCCUCGAUUGCAGAACGCCGAUGCUGACGCGGUGAGCGUGCGCUUGCAACAGAUGGCGUGCUCCGGCCUCCGUUCUGGGGCGCUGCUGCGGCUUUUGCGGCAGCUGACGUCAUGCUCGCCGGCCCUCUCUUCCCUCUUCGGGUCGGGUCCUUCCUCCUUGGCCCUCCUCUACGAAUCCGCCCUCACGCACCUUCUCGCCGCCGCUACCCAAAACGCGGAAGCCUGGCAAGAAGAGCUACUCCCGCCCCCGUCGUUUUCCCUGGCCGAGAAGGACAUGGCCGCCAUCACCUCGCAGGCGCAUGAAGCACCCGACACGCCUUCGUCUCUGCUGCCAUGGGACCCAGUUCCGCGCUCCGCUCUUUUGCCGUCCCUGUUGCGACUCCUCGCCUCGCUUUGCGGCGAAGACGAGAAUGACUCGACGACGGCGUUGGCACAACACAUCGAGAGCGCCCGACGGAGCGUGUCUGGCCGCCUCCGUGCCUUCCUGAACCCUGACGCGGUCUCCACAGAGGAGCAGCAAGUGCAGUUGAGCCUGCCAGAUGUGCGAGGCCGUAUCAUCGUUGGGCAAGCCCUCGACUACUGGGCGCAACACGACGCUCCUCACGCUUGGUGGCACCGCCCACAAGCGGAAACGAGCCACGAGAACCGCGACGGCGACCCUGCCCCGACCCACGACGCAACUACGCUCGCGCGGCACCGCGCCACGGCCAUCCUGCUCACAACGUGGCCUGACCUCGGUCAGCUUGCGCGCGCGGUUGGCAUUGGUCUAACCUCGGCCACGUAG